UGCCUGACCUGCGCACUGAAUACUAGCUAGUUAGGGUGCUGUUAGCGCAUCCUCCCAAUAGUAUUAGUAACAAUAUUCAGCAGCAAACGAGCUAAUGUAAAUGUUAUGCAACGAAGUUGUUCGAAACGCAACAACAAUGAGCAGAUGGAGAAAUGGUGAGGCUCUGAAGCCAACAUCCCAGACUCGUGUCCCCUUUGAAUGAUUUUCAUCCAGUGAACUAGGACAGUCCACGUCAUGGGAAGGAUCAGCUUCUCGUGCCUCCCAGCCUCCUGGCACUUCAGCCUGUCACCCCUGGUUCUUCCUCGUCUACUGCUACCUUCAUUCAGGCAGCUACUCUUAUUUGGUCUGCUGAUGGGAUUGCUAGGACUGCUUUACCUGUUGUUGGUAACAGGAAAGGGCCAGGACAUCUGGAUCAGAAAGGACAACUACUUCCAUAGACACUUGGCGAGAGUCACAGAUGUGGAGGCCACCGACACCAGCAAUCCCAACCUGAACUACGGUCUGGUGGUAGACUGCGGUAGCAGUGGCUCCAGGGUGUUUGUGUAUUGUUGGCCCCAGCACAAUGGUAAUCCCCAUGAUCUGCUUGACAUACGACAGAUGAGAGACCAGCACAGGAAACCAGUGGUCAUGAAGAUCAAGCCAGGCAUCUCAGAGCUUGCAAAAACACCAGAGAAGGCCAGUGAUUACAUCCACCCCCUGCUGAGCUUUGCUGCCCAGCACAUCCCCAAACACAAGCACCAGGAGACCCCUCUGUACAUCCUGUGCACGGCUGGAAUGAGGGUGCUGUCUGACAGUCAACAGGAAGCACUUCUGGAGGAUCUACGGACCGAUAUCCCUGUACAUUUCAACUUCCUCUUUUCUGAUUCCCAUGUGGAGGUCAUUUCUGGCAAGCAGGAAGGUGUGUAUGCAUGGAUUGGAAUCAACUUUGUCCUUGGAAGGUUUAAUCAUGUGGCUAGUGAGAGGGAUGCAGUUGUAGAGGUGCAGGUACCUGGAGGUGACCAGCAGGAGGCGCUGGUGAGGAAAAGGACAGCUGGUGUUCUGGACAUGGGGGGUGUCUCCACUCAGAUAGCAUAUGAAGUGCCCAAAACUAUGAAGUCCUCUCCAUUCAGAGUGGACUAUUGGAGGUCUGCUCUAAAGAUAAGCCUGCUGCAUUGCUUCAUAGUAGAAUGUGAGGAAGUGGCCAAGAACUUACUUGCGGAGUUCAACCUGGGUUGCGAUGCCCACCGGACAGAGCAUGUCUACCGGGUGUAUGUGUCCACCUUCCUGGGCUUUGGAGGCAAUGCUGCUCGACAAAGAUAUGAGGAGAGCAUUGUCAGGAACACUCUCACUAAAAACAAGCUCCUGGGUCUGCAUGUAGGUGAAACGGCAGAGUCCCCCCUGCUCGACCCGUGUCUACCCACAGACCUGCAGGACGAGGUGGGGCCAGCGACACAGAAACUCCACCUGCGUGGCACAGGGGAUUUUGAUCACUGCAGACAGCUGCUUCAGCCCUUCCUUAACCGCACCAACGAGACUCACUCCUCCCUCAAUGGCAUCUACCAGCCUCCCAUCGACUACCCCAACAGCCAGUUCUAUGGGUUCUCUGAGUUCUACUACUGCACAGAGGAUGUGUUGCGCAUGGGUGGUGAUUUUAACUCCUCAAAGUAUUCCGUUGCUGCCAAGGGUUACUGCGCCACCCAGUGGAGAUCUCUGAAAGAGCGAUUUGACUCAGGCUUAUAUGCAUCUCACGCUGAUGUUCACAGACUCAAGUACCAGUGUUUUAAAUCAGCCUGGAUGUAUGAGGUAUUCCACUCAGGCUUCUCCUUCCCUAUAGACUACAAAAACCUGAGGACUGCCCUCUUAGUUUAUGAUAAAGAGGUGCAAUGGACUCUUGGAGCCAUCCUUUACAGAACCCGCUUUCUACCUUUAAGGGAUAUUCAGCAGGAGACCCUCAAAGGAGUCCACGCCCACUGGCGUCACAGCUUCUCCUUUGUCAACAACCACUACUUGUUUCUGGCCUGCUUCCUGGUUGUCUUCCUCUCCAUCUUGCUCUACUUGCUGCGACUCCGACGUAUCCACAGCUGUACCACGCAGCGCUGCACCCCCUCUACUGUUGAGUGGUUAGAGGAUGGUCUGGGAUCCCCCUCACUCCCUAUCACCCUCUAGACUUCAGCUUUCACGCCAAAACCAGCUCCUUUCCCUAGCUGGAGUCCCUAUGCCUGCACUUUUAUGUUCAGGCCUUCAUUUGUUAGCUGGUAAUGACAAAAAACUCUAAAACUGAGUUGGAUUUUGAAUUAAUCCAAUGAACAGAGAAACCGCACUGGGAGGGACUCUGGUAUGGGAGAUCUUGCAUGUUGAGUUUGCAUACUUGAGUUAACCAUGAGAUUGUCUUAUUUAUUUUUAAUGAUGUCAAAAUCUGCCUUUUUUUUAAUGUUGCUGGAAAUAUGAACUAGGUACUUGGUGUGUAACUCCUUGCCUGAGGUUUGAGAGCUCCCCAUGCAUACUUUAUCCAGUCACGCAGGUUUCGUUAAAGCUUCCUGUAAGGUUCGAAUGGCAGCUGCCUCAUAACUUCCCCUAAUUAGUCAAUCAAAAAACAACACAUUUUUAAAGAAAGUCCUUAAAUUACUGUCUUUUCCAAUUAGUGCACAGAAUUGAAUCAAUGUGAAUAGAUGAGCAGGUUCGAGGAUGAUAGUGAAACUGUUACUGUUUAGAGUACAUACUGUAUUAGCUCAUAUGUAUAGAUUCUCUGUACUUGAGUGGAGUUUCACUUCCUUUCCUGUCACAUUAUCCUGAUGCAAUUUUAUGUUUGUGUACUAGCGGCUCUGUUUGUCGUUUGGGUGCAUGAUUAGUGAAUGCUUAUUUGUUGUGUGGAGGACUGGUGUAUGCCUCUGCUUACCCUCUGUACUCCUGUGUAGACAGACACCUGUCAUACUUUGUCACCGCUUCUUUUUUUAACUUUAGUUUCUUUUGUAUCCUUUGUUCUGCCUUCUAUUGCAGAAGAGGCAGCAUCUAUCAAAGCUGCAAUGGUGCAAUAUUUAUUGUCUUAUCACUGGAGAGACACUCCAGCUGAAUCCACACAGGGCUCAGAGCUACAGUAGGGUAAAGAAUGUCUGCUGUCUUUUCAGCUCAAUGGUGUCACGUGAUGGGGUGCCGAUCAUUUAAUUUGAAAUCUCGACAAACACACUGGGCUUCGUUUUCAGAAGCUGUGAUAUCACUGCUGUAAAGGGGUUAGUUUAUGAAAGCAUAUAGGCCAUAUAUUGAAGGGUGUACUUAAAUCAAUUCACAGUUUGCACAGGAUUUUUGUUUUGUUUUACAAUACCAUUGGUGUUGAAUAAUAAAGAUUGUUUUGAGA